UAGGAUCCUCUGCGGGUUUGCAAGAGAAGCAUCGCCGGGACUGUUGCGCAAAAGCUCGCCACUUUCCAGCCACUGUCUUCCACCUGUAUUAUUAUUGUUUGAAAUAUCUCUCGAGAUUCCUUUUUGGGGGCUGCUCCGGUUUCCUCCGCAACUGCAAGGAUGGUGAUCGAGGAGGUGGUGCCCUUGGAGAGCUCCGGCCUGGCCACGCUGCUGCGGGACCCCCGGGAGAGCGGGCGCACGCUGGUGCUGGACUGCCGCCCCUUCCUGGCGUACUGCCAGGCGCACCUGCUGGACUCGCGGCCCGUGCACUGGAACGGGCUGUUGCGGCGCCGGUCCCGCGGCCGGAGCGGCGUCAGCCUCGACUGGCUGGUCCCCGACCGGGCGCUCCUGGGCCGGCUGCGCAAGGGCGAGCUGAGCCACCUGGUGGUGCUGGACGAGGCCAGCUGCUCGGCGGCGGCGCUGCGUCCCGACAGCCUGGCCAGACUGCUGCUCAACGCGCUGCUGCUGGAAGAGCGAGCCGGCACCUCGCACAUCUACCUGCUGCAAGGUGGCUUUGAGAAUUUCCAAGCCAAUUUUCCAGAACUGUGCUUGACUUCGCCGACACCUGCUACAUCUCCUCCAUCUCCAUCUCCUGCUCUCCAAAGCCCUGACAACAGCACAGAAGCCAUUACUCCCUUGUAUGACCAGGGGGGCCCAGUGGAGAUUCUGCCAUUCCUCUACCUGGGCAGCUGCUACCACUCCUCCAACCGGGAGGUUCUGGAGUCCCUUGGAAUCACUGCUGUGCUCAACGUCUCCUCCAGCUGCCCCAACUACUUCGAAGGCCAGUUCCUGUACAAGAGCAUCCCAGUGGAAGACAACCACAUGGCUGAGAUCAGUGUGUGGUUCCAGGAAGCCAUUGACUUCAUUGAUUCGGUGAAGAACAGCAGCGGGCGUGUGCUGGUGCACUGCCAAGCUGGCAUCUCCCGUUCGGCCACCAUUUGCCUUGCCUACUUGAUCCAGAGCCGCCGGGUGCGGCUGGAAGAGGCCUUCGACUUUGUCAAGCAGCGCCGUGGGGUGAUCUCUCCCAACUUUGGCUUCAUGGGGCAGCUUCUGCAGUUCGAGACUGAGGUGCUGUGCCAUUAGCCCAGCUGCCCCACAGACCCAGCUGGGAGGGUGGGCGACCUUCCUCUCUGCGGACAAAAAGACUGAUAACGUGUGUUUCUGUUUACAUCUCCAAGCGGGUGCUGCAGCAAAGGACAAUGUUGUGGUUUUUGUUCAUUUGUUUUUCUAUUGCACUAAAUCCUGAGAGCAAAUCCGUUAAGGGGAAGGGAAGCCUUCUGCAGUCAAUGCAGAGUUUCCUCAUCCUUGCUGUUUUGAAAUUGCUCUGCCCGGGUGGCUUCAAUCUCAUGACUACAAAAGCAAAAAAAGUGUACGUCCGGAGUGAAGAAAAGAGGGUGGCUUCAGGUGUGUUGGGAAGCUGUCUUGUCCCUUUGUUGGGGAAGAGCUUUAAGGCCAGAUCCUUCAGGUGAUGCGUUCUCUCACCUUCCCUGCUACAGUCCAAAGCCAGUGCUUAUUGAUCAUUACGGUCCACACCCACCCCAAACGCAAAUAAUUGCAGCUUAAAGCUGUGGCAUCAUUUUCUAGCAAUGGGAAUGCAGCUGUGCUGCAAACUCCUGAUAGGAUUGUCAGAAGGUUCUCUCUUUUUUUGAGAUUGAAGCUACUUGGGGAAGUGAUAACUGAUUAUCAUGAUGCAAUGACAUUGUGCUAAUCAAGCCUUCAGCAGUCUGGUGUUCUCCAGAUGUUUUGGACACUCUGGGAGUUGUAGAUCUGGAGGACACCCAGUUAGCAAAGGCUGGGUUAAGCCAUUGUACCCUAUAUGGUAUGCUGAUGUCAAAGUGAAGUCUAAAAUGUGAACAAGCCAGCGAGAGGCUUAUAGUUGGAUAGCCGUUGCCUGUGUGUAUCUCAACCUUCCUUCGUGGAGCUUAAGGUGGCAUGAACAAGGCUCUUCUCAUUUGAUCCAACGUCUUUUGAGAGAGAGGUUAACCAGAGAGGGUGACUGGCACCUGGUCACCCUGCAAGUUCCAUGGGCUGAGUUGCCCAUUUGGAACCUGAGUCUGCCUUGCUCAUUGUCCAACAGUCUGUUCACCGCUGUGCCAUCCCUUCAGCUGGUGCACUGGGAAUCACUGCUGGGUUGUGGCUAGGCCAAAAGGACAAAACAAGUAUGUCCCUCAAUGCUUGUUUGGACUUAAGGUGAGUCCCAGGCUUGAAAAAGCUGAAGACUUAACUGCAACUGGUCUAAUUCUCCCUUCAGCAUGAGAAUUCAGGUUGGAUGGAGGUGACUUUACAGUCCUAUGGCUAAGGCACUCCAGUAUCCCUCCUUUUCUACAUCUUGAUCAGCAGGAAUUGAUAGCACACUUCCCCAUUUAAAGGCUUCUCUCUGCCUUCUGUCAGAAAAACUGAAGCUUUAAAGACUGAGUAAUAUGUAAGUGAGAGGUCCUUUAAAAAAGCUUGGUUGACUAUCUUCACCAGACUAUCCUCAAGUCAACUGUAGACCAGAUUUGUUUUUUUUAA